AUCAAUAUUUUUUAACAUCUCUACUCAGAGGACAAAAAUUGUUUCCGGUCCUUUCGUGGCUCGGUUUCUCUGUUAGCAGAAGCCUCACUCCAGGAUAAACCCUGAUGUUUUCUCUUCUUCUUUGGUCUGCAGCCAGGUAAAGACAGUCUGUGGCUGCCCGUCCUGGUGGUCCUCCGAGUCGUCUUCAUCCCUCUCUUCAUGUUGUGCAACGUUGAGCCUCGUCACUAUCUCCCAGUGCUGUUUGGCCACGACGCCUGGUACAUCAUCUUCAUGACUCUCUUCUCUUUCUCCAACGGAUACCUGGCCAGUCUCUGCAUGUGCUUCGGACCAAAGAAAGUGUCGCCGCACGAGGCGGAGACGGCAGGAGCCAUCAUGGCCUUCUUCCUGUCCCUGGGUUUGGCACUGGGGGCCGCCUUCUCCUUCCCCAUCAGAGCCUUGGUCUGAAAGCUGAAGCGGAGCCUUCAGCAGAAUUAGAGUAGACCAACCUGUGGUUCCUGGGGCAGAACCUGUUCUUUUCUGGACUAACAAAGACUGUACAAAGACUGUGGGUGAGUGACAGCAGCAGGGACGGAGGAGACGGUGGCAGUCUGGUCUCGUCACCACCCAAACACAUUAAUCAUGAGAUUUAACUGCAUAUAUUUUUUUUACUUCCUCCAAAUGCAAUAGAACUAUUUUGUUUCUGCAGUGGUUUCAUUUAUUUUUUUAAAUUGAUGCUACAGAUGGAGAGGAUUUUCCCUCUGCAGUAAAAUUCUAAACCAAAAGUAUUAAAUCACCUUGAAGUGAACUUAUGUGUAGAUGUGAAUAGAAAAUCCUACAGAAAACUGCCAUAGAACCAAGAGGAACAAUUCAAACUAU